AUGUUUGUUCCGUUAAAGCACCGAAACUUCUGCAUUACUCGUUCGGCUGGGGCACAGAAAAUCCCGUCUGGGGCCGUCCUUUUUUGUCUAUUUUUGCCCUGGACCGGCUCUUUUGACUUGCUUCGUCUUUCUCAUCCAAUUGACGCGGUCACGUCUACAAUGGUUCAACUUAAUGAGAGAAAUUCGAGUUGCGAGACACUCCACAAGGGCGACUCCGACCUCAACGAGUCAGUCGAUUUCCUGCUUCAGCUAUCGACACAGGCGGCCUGGAAACGAGAGAAACGAUUUCGGUUGGUUGCUUCAUUCUAUUUUGCGACCACCGUCCUUUUCGCUACGCUAUCAGCGUAUCUUUACGCUCAAGUCCAUUUUCAAGGUCGGUUCGGCUCGUUUCAGUCAGGAUAUAGGACUGAGCUAGAACCGGCAAAGCAUCUUAUUGAGGUGGAAGAGAAAUGGUUUGAGGCUAGCCCGGCAUUUCUUGACGACGGGUUCGAAUACAUACCUGAGCGUGAGGAUGGCACGCAAAGGCUCAAAUAUGUCGGGGAGCCAAGCAAAGAGAUCGAUCACAACUGGGAGCAGCUGCAUUGGGGCCGAUUCUUUCUUCUAUCUGAGGAGGAGGCUAGGGCUGCAUGGGGUCCCGACUACACGAAGUACUGGGCGCCAAGGGAAGGAGGAUACGUCGCUGCACUCGAGGUUAUGCACACAGUUCAUUGUCUUGACCACAUACGCCAGGCGUUUUGGCCGGAGGUCUACCCGGUCAAAAACCCUAUACAUGGAGCAAAGCACCGAGACCAUUGCAUUGAGCAUUUGCGGCAAAUGACGUUGUGCAAUGCCGAUCUUACGCCUAUCCCUUCUAUUUAUUUUAUCGGAGUGGAAGAUAACUACAUAAACUCGGACCGUCCGCAUACAUGCCGCAACUUUCAAAAGAUCAGAGACUGGGUAUCUGAGAGAUUCAACGGUACUUCACGGGUGGCACCAUAUCCGGGCACGGUCUGGAGCAACGAAUGGAUCAAUACGGACCGGCCACACACCAAAAAGUAA